AUGUUGGAGACUGAUAUCAACGACAUGUCUGACGAGAUCUAUCAAGUUAUUUUGAUCGCUAAAGCUCGAGAACCAUCGAGACCGCCUACAUCGACAGUUCCUGGUUGGAAUCUACCCACAGAAGAUCUGAUGAAUGUCCUCUUAUGCCCCACUAACGAUAAUGUCGACUGGAACCGAUUCGGACCACAAGUCCCUAUCGUGAUAUCGAUGGUCUGGUUCGUUGACGACGUCUACAUCGGUGGUUUAUCUAGAUCACACACUAUCGACUGCUACAGCUUUGCUGCACACAUCUACGAGGGACAUCAUAAACUAUUCGAUCCCAACAAGAACUUCACAUCAUGGGUCGAUGAACAACAUCAAGAUCAGCCCGAGGCACUGAAGAAAUUACUUGGCUAUCUAUUUCGUCGAUCCUCUGAUCUUCUACAUGCUGUUUACGAAGCAGAUCGACUAUCUGAAGAAGACUGUAUCACUAAAAGGAAGGCUAGUUCCUAUCUCCUAUCUCUAUAUGAUCCUCUCGGGCUUGUUCUAGAGCACACAAUGGUUGGUCGACUUAUCUGGCGGAAGAUCACUGAAGCUACAACAGAUUGGGAUGCUAAAAUCACUGACGAUCAUCGACAACAA